AUGGUCGGCAAAGGUCACUGCAGGUUUGACCCAGCAAACCAAGACUCCGAAUUUGCCGACUUUUACGACUUCACUUUCUCCGAGACCGAAGGCAACGAAGGGAGUGACUUUGAGAGCGACAAAGACGAGUGCGAUGUGCAGAACGAGCCGGCAAGCCCAAGUCGACAGCCGUUACAGGUCGAUGAAGACUCUCUUCGGUUGCCAUCAGGCAAGAUCAUAUCCAAGCGGUCCUCGGACCAGACGGGACCGUCUAUCAAUCACCUAAGACGCCGAAUGCGGACCCCACCUUCACGACUAGAAUAUGUCCAGGUAGAAUCUGAAGAAGAGGAGCCCAGCGAGGACCCGGUGCAUCCUGGUCGGACACAAGCACUGUCUAAAAGAGAAAAGCGAGAGAAGGCGGUGAUCGCGCAUCAGCUAGCAAACAUGAGGGCGAAUGAUCGAAGUGCACUGAUGCACUUAUCUACAUCGGAGCAGCGAUCGCUGCUGGCGGUGCAGUACAGGAAUGAAGAAAAGGUGCAGAAGGAGGAACGGCGCCGGCAGGGUAAGAUCGAUCGGAAGGGGAACAAGAACUUGUACGCGUACUGGAACACAGAAACGCCUGUUUACCAGUGUGGAUAG